UCUAUUGAAACAUUAUUAUGUAUUUAUACGUACACUAAAUAUUGAAUACAUCUCUAAAAGUUAAGAAUUUUAGUAAAAACAAGACAAGUAAUGGCAACAACAAAAUACAGAUGCCUUUUAUUUUCACUUUUGAAGGUAAUGUAUUGUAUUUUUUAAAUUAUUUUAUGUACCUUCUUAAAAGUUAAAGAAUAUGCAAUAGGUUGGUACAUAUUUUAUUAUAACAUAUACCAAGAAUAUAGGUAAGUACUUGAUUUUUAUUUUAAUUUGAUAUAAAUAUCAUAUAUCUAUUUAAUUAUAUGUAUUGAUUUGUUUGUACUAUACUUUAAAAUGCAAAAUACUAUAAAAUUAUAACUAUACUUACAUUGGUUAAGCACAUUUAAAUAUUCUAGAACAGUAGACCAUAUUUUUUUGUAUAAUUAGUAUGUACAUUUAAAAUUUGAAAAAUAUGCAAUUUGUCAAAAAUGGUUUUAAUAUGUGAUAUUCCAUCAAAAUCCCCUGUUUCAAAAAAAAAUGUUAAUGAUGCACACCUUAGAUGAUCAGAACAACAAUUAAAGAUAAAAAUAACCCUACAAAAAUUGAUAUUGAUGAAAUGGACAUUAAAAAGUUCAUCAGUUCCUUAUAACAGUAAAUAAUAAUGUUAUCUAUAUAAUUGAUCAAUAUAAUUUCAUGAAUAAUUCAAUUUAUUAAAUAGUAAAAUAUUGUGGUUCAAAGAUUGAAUCGGUAUUUAUUUGUGUGAACACUACAUUAAAUAAUAUAUGGAAAUAUGAAAAAGUGAAAAAUCUAUUGAGAACUGAUGUUUGAGUAGUCUCGCUACAGUAUUUAAGUAGGUUAAAAUUGAAAUACAUAUAAAUAAUUUCUUGAACCUAUUUAACUAUUAAAAAUCUUUUGAAAUACCUACGACCUACAUAAUAUUUUAAUUUAUAAGGAUUUAUUAUUAGAUGGUUUUAUGGUACAUCCUUCCCCCAUUAUUUCUUAAAUAUUAGCCUUUUCUGUACAUAACAAAAGUAAAAAAAAAAAAAAAAAAAAAAAAAAAUAGAGGCGAUAGUUUUUGUUGAUGGAUAUGCCACUUUUGUGGGCGAGAAGUUGGUUGUUAAGAAGAUAGAAUAAAUUGAGAAAUUUAAAUUUCAAUAUUUGUACACAAUGAUAAGUCUGCUAAUAAAAAUGAUUUUUAACUAAAUUCGAUUGAAAUUGUGUGAUUUUUAAGAUUUUCAUCAAAAUUUGAAGGUUAACUUGUUAAAUACUUAUAAAAAAAAAUAUUCCAUUAUAUUUUUACUUUUUACUAUUUAGUAAAAUAUAUGAUAAACUUCAUGUUAAAUUUUCGAGCAUUUUUGAUUUCCCAAACCUAAAACCGCAUUUAGAAAUUGCUAAUGAAAGUAUUCUAUUACAAGUCUCAGCGAUAAUUUUUAAAUGAAUAUCAACAAAUAACAGAAACCAUUAGUGUAUACAUUUUCCGUUUUUCCUAUGAUUUUCCCAAUAAUUAAGAAAACUUCAAAGGAAAAUCAAAAACCAACUUUCUUAAUUUACCAAAAAGGAAAAAUUUACUUCUUUAACCACCAAGUUGAUCAAAUAAUAUUCCAUUACUGUCUUACUUAAACUAAAAUUUGAAAUAUCUCGUCAACUCGUUGACAGAAAUAAACAAUUCUAACACCAACAUUUAUUUAAACUAACACUCCGUCUAUUUAUGAUAUUUUGAAUAUAGGUUUUCAAUUUAAUUUCAAAAGUUGAUUACUAAAAUUCCUCCAAAAGAGGAUAGUAAAAGUAAAAAAAUGUACAAAUUAUUUUAGAUGUAUAUAAAUUGAAAAAGUAUUGUAUUAUAUGUUUUCUUCUUUUUGAAUAUUUACAUAAUAAAAUGACUGUAAUAUAAAUUUUGAAUCAACUUGUAUAUUAGAUAUUUAUGUUAUAUAAUGAUUUAAUAAUAUGAAUUCUUGAAAUCCUUGAAUUUAUAUUUCCUAAUUAUUGAACUUUUUAGUGAAAUGUACUAUUUUUGGUUUGUUUUAUAAUAAAUAAUAAUAUAAUCAAAAUUACCCAUUAUGAGAUACUACUACCACUACUAGUCUAUGUCCUUGUAUUUUGUUCUACAACCAGAAUAACUAGUAACUACAACUAAAAAUCAUAAUAAAAAAUCUGUCCGUAGUGAAUUUUUAUAUCCAAACAGAAAGAAUAAUUACUGCGGGGUGAAUUAUAUAAAAGUAUAAAAAAUAAAUGCAUAGUUGAAAGUAAUUUAAAUAUUAUAUUUCAUUGAAAAAUGAAACUAUUGUUUUUUAACACCUUUAUAUUUGCAUUAUGUUUAGAUACGUACACCUGAUUAACUAGAAUAUAAUUAGGACAAAUCAAUACGUUCGCUACUUUUUGUAGCUGUAUCUAUCCAAUACCUACCUAAUGAGGAGUAAUGUAAAUUAAUUAAUUUGUUAACAGCUGCUUUUUGUUAAUUGUUAUCCCAACAAUCCUCCGGGUUCAUCACAGUUAAUAGAACAAAAUGGAGUAACUAACACUGCAUGGGGCCAACAACCUCCAGUCCAAGGUGCACGAGAAAAUUACAUCCCGAAUUAUAAUGGCUAUAAUUAUAAUACUCAAACAGCUCCUCCAAUGAACAAUAACAUGUUUAGUGGAAAUUACCCACCAAAUCAACAACCAAUGAUGUAUUAUAGCCAGCCAUAUAUGCAGCCACCAAAUCCACCACCCCCAUAUUCACCCCCAGGACAACCGUUAUACCAGCCAAUGACAAAUCAAUAUCAACCUCCAACCUAUCCUAUGCAAACACCUCAAGCUACACAACCAAAUCUGAUACAAACACAGGCUACACAAACGAAUCUGGUCCAAACACCACAAGUCGCACAAUCAUCAAAUGAGUUGCAAACAACUCAGGCCGAACAAUUUGAUCAGAUGCAAACAAGUCAAUCCACACAAACAAAUCAAAGACUUGAAAAUCAACCAAACGCAUCCCAAUUAAAAUUAGAUCAAUUCAAUUCUAACAAUGGACAAUCACUUCAAUAUCAGUCAUUAGCAACGCCAUCUUCAAAUAUUAACCAAAAUCCCAACACUAAUUAUGACCAAAAUACCAAUUAUAUGGACCAACAAGGAUUAACAAUACAAAACCAAGAGUCACAAGCAAAUACAGUAUCACAAAAUCUACCCCAACCACCAAUCUCGGCGUCUUCGUUUUCACCACAAUCACCAAAUUCACUCGAUUCCUUAAAUACGAAUCUCAGUCCUACCAACUUAAAUCAGUUACAACAACCUCAACCUGCACAGUUAUCUUCAUUAUCAGCACCCUCAAAUCCUUCUCCGUUACAACCUCAGUCUGCAUCACAAUUGUCUUCAUUACCAACACCCUCAAAUCCUUCUCCGUUACAACCUCAGCCUGCACCGCAGUUAUCUUCAUUACCAACACCCUCGAAUCCUUCUCCGUUACAACCUCAGCCUGCACCACAGUUAUCUUCAUUACCAACACCCUCAAAUCCUUCUCCGUUGCAACCUCAGUCUGCAUCGCAAUUGUCUUCAUUACCAACACCCUCAAAUAUUUCUCCGUUACAACCUCAGCCUGCACCGCAGUUAUCUUCAUUACCAACACCCUCAAAUCCUUCUCCGUUACAACCUCUCAGCAUUCAUCGCAAUUGUCUUCAUUACCAAUACCCUCAAAUCCUUCUUCGUUACAACCUCAGCCUGCACCGCAGUUAUUUACAACCUCAGCCUGCACCGCAGUUAUCUUCAUUACCAAACCCUCAAAUCCUUCUUCGUUACAACCUCAGCCUGCACCGCAGUUAUCUUCAUUACCAACACCCUCAAAUCCUUCUCCGUUACAACCUCAGCCUGCACCACAGUUAUCUUCAUUACCAACACCCUCAAAUCCUUCUCCGUUACAACCUCAGCAUUCAUCGCAAUUGUCUUCAUUACCAACACCCUCAAAUCCUUCUUCGUUACAACCUCAGCCUGCACCGCAGUUAUCUUCAUUCCCAACACCCUCAAAUCCUUCUCCGUUACAACCUCAGCCUGCACCCCAGUUAUCUUCAUUACCAACACCCUCAAAUCCUUCUCCGUUACAACCUCAGCCUGCACCGCAGUUAUCUUCAUUACCAACACCCUCAAAUCCUUCUCCGUUACAACCUCAGCCUGCACCGCAGUUAUCUUCAUUACCAACACCCUCAAAUCCUUCUCCGUUACAACCUCAGUCUGCAUCACAAUUGUCUUCAUUACCAACAUCCUCAAAUCCUUCUCCGUUACAACCUCAGCCUGCACCGCAGUUAUCUUCAUUACCAACACCCUCAAAUCCUUCUCCGUUACAACCUCAGCAUUCAUCGCAAUUGUCUUCAUUACCAACACCCUCAAAUCCUUCUUCGUUACAACCUCAGCCUGCACCGCAGUUAUCUUCAUUACCAACACCCUCAAAUCCUUCUCCGUUACAACCUCAGCAUUCAUCACCAUCUGCCCCACUUCCUCCAGAAGAACCACAACAGCAAUUGAUUUUAGACCAUCCAGAUUUUAUUCCAGAUACUGAUAAAGACCAGACUAAUAAACCACUACAAACAUCACAAGAACAAAAAAAACCAGUUAUAAUUCAGACUGAUUCAAAUUUAUCAUCUAAAGACCAAUCACAGAAUACACUACUGCAAACAUCUGACACAAAAAUCCCCCUUUCAUCAAAAGGAUCUCAAAAUCAAUUAUUUACAAAUCGUCAGAAUUUCGGGCCACCUAAACCAAUGCAAGUACCAGACAAUUUAUCCUCAAUAGAUCCAUCACAGAAACCAUUGCAACAAAAACCGCUAUCAGAAACAGCACCUGUCACAGGCUCAAACCCUGAUCCAACUCAGUUACAACCACCUGAGAAUACACCAGAGCCAUCUUCUUCAUGGUGGGACACUUAUACAAAUAACAUACACAAAGAAGAUAUUCAGAUUCAACCAGAUUUAAACAAAGUUCUUAGUUCAUUUCCUACUAGCCCUAAGCCAUCAUCUGAUACAUCGUCAGAUACAAUUACAGUGAUAAGUAAUCCUCAAUCGAGCUACUCAUUUGAUUUGCAUUCACCAAAGUCUUUGCUAGAACAAGACAUUCAGGUAGACAAUGCCUUUAAAAAAAUGCCGAAUAGUUUUUUUAAUUUUGAAAAUUUACCGGCAGAUACGAGCAUAUUAAACAAUAAUUCACCACCCAAACCUAAUGAUAACAUUGGAGCAAACCAUUAUAUAAAUAAUGCCGAUUUUAUCAUACGUCCAUUCGGACUUUCUAGCUACGAUAAAGUAUAUAACGUAGACUUUGAAGAUAAAAAAGCUGGACAGGACAAUGCUAAACUUAGAGUCUAUGCUCAUCCAGAUGACAUUCAUGUGUUAAAACAACCCGUUUUAAAUUCGCCUAGUACUGCCGAUAAAAAUAAUCCAAACAAUUAUCACGAUUUAUUAAAUUAUAAACCACCUAAAUAUACUCAAUAUCCAUAUAAUACUGCGGAUACUGUGGGCGUUCAACGACCUUAUCUGUAUAGUUCACCCAGCAAUAUGGCUCUUGACCGUAGUAUUAAUCGAAAUCAGUUGCUAGCAAAUUCAGUGUUGUAUAAUAAUAAUCAACAACAACAAUUGAAUAACAAGCCGAACGUCGAUUUGACCCAUCCUCCAUCGUUUAGUACUUCGUGGUCAUUGCCUAACUAUGAUUAUGUACAGAAACAACAGCAAGAUCAACAAAAUGCUCUUUCGAGUAGUUACUCAGGGUCAUCGUCUAUGUUUGGAAUACCUUUGACUGGACUUUCGAUACAUAACAUAAUGACUGACAUUGCAAAUACAGUGCAGAUUCCGAUUGAUGGCGCUAAGACAUUAUUUGAUACGGCACUAACAGGUUUUCCUAACGCCCAAGCAAUGCAACAAGUCAGUUUGACGUAUGCCGUCAUAAUGGCUAUUAUCAACGGCAUCCGGAAGAUUGUGGAGUCGACAUUUAACGGCUUUGGUGUAAGUUAUUAUUAUGCCUACAAUAUUUGUUGAUACGAAAUUUUCAUUCCGGUUUGUUUUUCAUUUUUAGAGUCAACGAGUAAAGCGAGAGUUUAACAUGUUCAGUCCGGGAAAUAUGUUUACGAAUCCCAUGCAAACUCUUCAAAAUAAUUUAUUACCAUACAUCAAUAGGGCCGAAAACGAUUACCAAACAAUUGUUUCGGGAUUCACAGGAAACCCGAGUCCGUACAAUAGUCAACCUGCAUCCAUAUUAAAUUAUCAAACCGCAACAGUGCCGAGUGCGAAUCCAUACAAUAAUUAUAACUAUAAUAAUAAAAAUAAUCUGCAGGCCGUGGCGAAUUUCGAUCAAAGUCUAAAUACCGCAAACGAUAAUAUGCAACAACAGCAACAGCAGAUGCAGCAGCAGCAGCAGCAACAGCAGAUGCAGCAGCAGCAGCAGCAGCAGCAGCAGCAGAUGCAAUAUUACUAUAAUACUAAUAAUGUCAACACGAACGUUAAUAGGCAACUGCAAAAUAAUAAUAAUGGAGACGAUUCACCGCAAAUGGUAAACACACCACAGACGUAUGUUCCAGACGUUUUGAAAAACGAGAUAAAAGCUGCUGUAUAUGCGAAUAUACCUGCACCGUACACGAACACUAGUCCAGAAGUAAUGCAUUACUAUAAUCAAGUUAUUUCCGUUGUCUCGACGUAUUUCGAAAAUCAGGUAAGGAGAAUAAAAAUAGGACAUAGCCACACAUACCAUUCAAAAGAUGUAAAUAUUUAAUAUGUUAAUAUGUUAAUAGCUACCUAGCCAUUAACACCAGAAUUAUUGGACUAGCUCAUAUAAAAAUAGCCCGGGAAAUAUGUAUUUUACCAGCCCCGAAAGACGCACAUCGGCCCCGUUUCAGCAAAUCACUUAAUUAAAUAAUUAAAUAAAUUAUUUUCCUUGAAAGCAUCCUCACUGUCGGUCCUUUACAAUCAAUAACUAAUUCUACUGCAGUUUACACAAAUCUCUAAAUAACCUUCCGAAACUCUUGACGGCUGACGGCUUUUGACGAAAGGCCCCUUGGAUCUCGUAGCAUGCAACAGCCACUGAAAAAACUUUUUUAGAAAAGCUGCUAUUCUAGAAAUAAUUCCAAACAAAAUUCCAGGUAGAAAAACAAUCGAAAAAAUUCAAAAUAAGUACCUACCUAUAGCUAAUGAAAUCGUUUUCGUCGUAAAUAUGUUCGUUUUUUCCGGAUUUUUCGAUUAAGAAUUGUGAGGGAAAUAAAAAUACGACCUCCCAAUACACCAAUUAUAUUCAAAAUGCUACAUAAAAGCUUGUUUAUUGGUUUUGAUCGGAUUAAGAUUUCUGGUACAAAAAUUGUUUGUAAACGGAACAAAUUUAGUGUAUAUUUCAUAGUAAACCAGUACAUUCGUUGUUAUGCUACAUAUAAGAACGGCAUACAUAUCUACGUAUGUGUUUUAGUAUUCCAAUUUAUAUUCAUCUCAAACAUUAUAGAAUAGUAAUUAAAUCUACUUUCGAAAAUAUAUUAGAACUUAUUUUUGUGUUAGAUAUUUAUCUAGUCUGCCUUUGAUCAUAUUCAUAAAUACCGAAUAGAGCUUUGGUUUAAUUUUUUGAAGCAUGGUAACUGGGUGAAAAUCAUCACUGCGUAUGCUCGGAAGUUGGAUAUACAAUCGCCAAGUAAACUCCACAUUUCGUUCCACUCACAAACAAGGCGACAGUCGAGUAAUCUGAAUCGCUCGAGUAAAUAGUGUGGAUUUAUUCGUAUCUGUUUCAUUUCUGAAGAAUGUGUAAUAGAGACUUUAGAACCCAACUACUGUGCUUCAAGCACCGACUAUAAGUGAUAUAGACUAUAUUAAAAAAAUAGGGCUGAUACUGCUGAUGGGUGUGUAACUAUCAUAGGUAAGAAACAAUACUGGACUGGGUGAGUUUAGCCAACCAUGCUCAACAUCUAACAGGCCCAUGUCCCAUUAAUUAAUGGCAUCCUAUUAAUUACAGGGUAUAAGGCAUGUCUCGCACGAAAUUUUCGGAAUUAGUUAAUUUCCACCUAAAAACCUGUCACCCUAAUUUGGAAGUUUUAAACCGUCUUACAAAAAUACAGAUCCACAUACGCCACUUAGAUUAAUAUACACACAAUUGAUCUUAUUCAAACAUCGCCAAAAAGUUUUAUAAUCUAACCACGUCUAGAAAAGGUUACUAUAAAUGUAUUUUAAGUAAUUUGUGAAAAUAAUGUCAGAUUUUUACGAUUGUUUUAUAUUAAAUUAUAAUAAAAAGAAAAAGACGGACAUAAAUUCUCACGAAGGAUGGGCCACUGUUGUAUGUGAGAAGUUGCGAAGAUAAGAUAUAAAGCGGAAUUCAAUGUAGAAGUAUACAUUAAACCUGUUAACAUGUUCGCAACGAUUAAUCAUUGCUAAUGAAAAACAAUUCUGAGCGGAAUUAAGUUAUACCUAUUUUUAAAGCCAAUAAUAUUUACAAUUUUCGUUAAAAUUUGAUAUUAAUAUACUUAUUAAAAAAAUUCUACAUUAGAUACACUAAUUUUUUUUUUUUACCAUAAAAUACGAUUUAAAAUGAACCUCGUGUUAAAUUUUCAAACAGUUCUGUUUGGUCUAACAAUUUUAUACAGAAUAUCUACCAAAUAAAAAUUACGUGAAAAACUUAAAAUUAAAAUGUGAAUAGCUCAAAAAUGGUUAAAAUGUUUUGAAUAUUUUACCUCAUCUAGAAAAGGCAAGUAUAGUUUGUCUGUCCAAAUUUCAAGUCCUCUAAACGAAUAUUUCACAUAUUUAUCAUCAUUAUAUCACAACAAAAUUAAAAAUAAUACACCUUUGUAAAUUUUUCCGUUUUCCUGUUUUUUCCAAUUAUUAUGAAAACUUCUGGGAACAUCAAAAAAUGACAGUAUAUCCAUGCAUCAAUUAUGUAUAUAAAAUUAUUUUUAAAAAAUUGUACACUUGAAGAUCAUUGCAAAAUACAUAUCAUAGUAAUUCAAGCAGAAAGGUACAUUCCUGAGAAUUUGCUAUAUUUAAGAUCUUAUAAUGGAAAAUAACUAGAAAUUAUUUUAAAAUUUAAAUUCAUAUAAGUUAUACAAAUUAUUAUCCAGAGGGCAAAACCCAAGCUGUAAUAAUGUAUUUUUUGUUAAAUAAAACAGAAACUUUUUAAAUAGGAAGAUAUAAACUAUCUAAAUACCUAUAUAUCGUAUAUUAAUUUCAACGACAUAGUUGGUAGGUAAUAUACAGUGGCAGUUUUAUGGAGGGGAGAGUCCAGGGUGUUAUAAAUCAUUUUUUUUUUUAAAUAGAAUAAGCAAGUAAAACAUAAACUAGAUUAGAUUACUUAAGUAAAAAAAAAAAAAUUAUUUUUUCUGACAGUGGAAAUUGGGCAAUUAAAAUUAAAUUAAUACAUGAUCAAUGAGUAAAUAUUUGUUUAUGUUAUGUUAUAGGUAGUAGGUACCUAGUACAUAUCCAUUUUUAAAUAAUUAUUUAUUACUAUUAUUAUUAUAGGCUAAAAUAUUUUGUUAGAUUAUAGGUAAACAUUGUCCCUAGUGUUACAAGGAAUACUAGUUUAUUUUAACUAUUUUGUUAUUACUGACAACUGCAGUUAUUAUAAAUAAAAUUUUAUUUUUUAUUUUUAAAUUUCAUUUGUCUAUUUUAUUUGAAUUGCACACGCCAGAUGUAUUUAAUUUAUUGUAUAUAGUGUAGGUAUACCUUUAUUACGACAUUUGGGCUGUCAACGUUAGUGGAUUUGAUGUCAACAACUUUUUAAUACUCAUUUCAUAUUGACAACGUCCACAUUAGGUGGUGCCUAUUUAUGCCACAGUAAAUUAUUGUUUUUUCAAUUAAAAUAUUGCAUACUUACAUAAUAUUAUUUGAAAUAAAUAUUCUGAUUGUUGGCGUUGGAAUUUAAGAAUUAAAAUAGGUAAUAAUGGUAACAUUCACUUAAAAUUUCUUAUCAAAAACGAACUUUUUGAGAAACACAAUUGAUCAGGCUGGCAUCUCUAAAGUAGUUAAAAUAGUUUAUCUUGAAAUGUAUAGGACAUAGUAAUCUGGAAUACAUUACAGAUAUUACACAUCAUAUUUUUUCAAUAACCUGACAGGUAAAACCAAUACAUACUACAGGCACAUCAAUCAUUUUAAUGUUUGUUUUAUGAAUAAUUUAUAUCAAAAAAAUUAGAUCAAUAAUGGUUUUACGUAUGCCUGUAGUGUCGGGGCUAGCAAUCAUUGAUGGGAGGGGGAGGGGUGUAAACAUACAAAUUAUACAAAUUUUAACUGAUAAAGCUAUUUUUUUUUUUGGCUUAUCAGCCUUUUUAGCAUAACAUGUUAUACAUCAGUACAUUACUAUAAGGCUAAAAUGAUUUUAUUUAUUUUUCUGUAAAUGUAAAAUUUCAGACUAGAUACUCAGAAAUUUUUUCUAUAAUUGCAGACAAGAAAAUUAAUUUUUCUUCUGGUGGGGUUUGGUACACUUCCCCACCCUUCCCUAUAAUCAGCUGUGUCUUGAUAUAUUUUACCAUUUAAAAUUAACAACUUUUAUUUUUUUCAAAUUUUAGAUUAAUAGUGCACUUCAGGGAAUUCAGCCCAAGAUGAAUACGAAUUAAGAUAUCAAGAAAUAUAUUAAUAACAAAACUAUUAGUUUUACUCAAAUUGUUUUUGUUUUAAUUAACAUACAAAUAAUUACAAAUUGAAUUGUAAAAUUAUUAUAUGAUAUGUAAACAGGGUCGCUCUUAGGAUCUACUAGGCUGUGGGCUAAGUAUUUUUAAAUAUAUUUCUUGAAAACUUGUUUCAAAUAAAAAUAAUUAAUAAUAAAAUAAUAAAGCAAAAACAAAAUUAUUAAUUACUGUAAUUACUUAACUCAUUUGAAAAUAUAAAAAAUUAAAAAUUACUUUUAAAAUUAAAGUUAGAAGUCAAAGCCCAUAACAUCGACUCCUAAGAGCGGUCCUGAAUGUAAGGCACAAGUGGUGUAACUUAGACCAUUUCAUUUAUACACACAAAAUACAAUAAAGUUACAAAUAAUUAUAAUAAUAGUUGGUAAAUUAGUGCACAAUAUUUGACAUGUGAUACUAGUGAUGUGAAAAAUUAUAAAACUUAAACAUAACAAAAUGACUUAAUGUUAAAAAAAAAAAAAUUAUGAUUUAACUGCCACAACCAAUGAAAACAAAAAAUUAUAUCUAUAAUUUUAAUAAUGUUUUUUUUUAUAAAUAAACAAUAAAUCAAAUGAGCAAAAAGAGCUGAUACUGGAGAUUCGAGCGGACACUGUUGUAGGUGAGAAGUUGGGAAGGUAGGAUACAUAAGGUUAUUUCAUUUAUAUCUAUGAGCAAUGAUAAACCAUUGCUUGACGAAAGAGGAUUCCGAGCGCAGUUUAGUAAUAAAUAAUUUGAAGUGCCCUAAUUUUUUUUGCGAUUUUCAUUUAAAUUUAAUUUCAAAACAUAAAUUUAAAAAAAAAAAAAAUGUCCAAUGAUUUUGUAAAUUUGACCACGUCUAGGUAAGUCUAAUAUAAGUACUAUUAUCUAGUUUCAAGUCUCUAUGUGUAUUUAUAACAGAAUUACAGCAAAAAAAAUCCCAAAAAUUAAAAUUCCUUAAAAGCUCAAAAGUUUUAGCAAUGAUACCGUUAGAAAGUAAAUUAAAAAGACAACAAUAUAGGUAUCUUGUGACUUUUCGAUUAAAUCAUUUUUUCAGGUAUAAAACGUUGUCCGUGUUUUUAUAAAUAAUGAAAUUGUACGUAUUUUUAAGUAAGUUUUUCCCCCACUUAAGAGCUUUUAUUUAAAAAAUCAAAAAAAUAUCUGACUUAAGUACCAUCUAGAUAACUUGAGCUUUCAAAAAAAUUGCUACACUUGCAAAUUGGAGCAAGUUUACUAGGAAAUAUUGUGUACAUAUAGUAGAACAAAGAACAAAAAAAAUAAAAUAAAAUAAACACCUUAGUAAAACCAAUAGUUCCCUCACUACACUCGGAAUCUAAAACUAAAAAAAAAUUACAGUAAAUUAUAAAUAAUUUUGUAUACAUCCAAAAUGUCAAAUAGUACGUUGCUAGUUAUUUAAAGAACAGUAUACAUUUUUCUGUUUAGGUAUUGAGUAAAUAACAACAAUAUAAUAAACAAUAACACGACUAGAUACUAGCUAAUGUAAUUUAACUAAAAAAUCACAUGAGCAGUAGAUCUCUUCCACUAGAGUCAAAUUUUCUCCACUGAUUUUUUGUUGUAAUGUUAUUUUAUUUUUUUUUUCAAUAUAUAAUGAAUAAUGAUGAAUAUAAGGAAUUUGAGAUUUUUACUAAACAUAUAAGUGGUGGGGUCAGGGUUGGAAGUUCAAACCUUUUAAAGAGGCAUAACAUCGACAAUAAUUGCUGUUAGGUUUUAAAUAUAUAUAUAAAUUUAACCAAGUUACUUUCAUGAGUUAGUGCACAAUAUCUUAAAUGGAUAUUUAAAAUCUGGUAUUUUCUGUAAAAAUAUAAAAUUCGAGCAUAAAAAUAGUUGGAGAGGAAGUUAAAUGAUGAAACCACCAAAAGGUACAUCCUUGAUACUUAAACCAUACAGUUACAAAAUUGUAUCCCCUUAUUUCAUUUGGAGGAGUCUGUAGGAAUGUGCAAGGCUAAAAGACAUCCUUUUUCCAAACAAUAUAGUGAAAUUCAAUAAAAGUUGUAAAUCUUAAACUCGCCUAUAAAAAAACUCUCAAUAAAAGAGUUUAAGCUCAUUUGGUUCAAAGAGUCUCUAAGUGUCCAAAAAGUACCAGGAAAAAGCCAUAUAUAGAAAAAUGGGUGCAAUAAUCUCUAUUUUCAAAGAAAAUUGGAAAAAAAUAAAAGAUGAAGAUAUUAUUUUUAAUAAUUUAAAAUCUAAGAUUGAUAAAAUGAAAUCUUUCAAUAUGUAAAUAUAUUUCAAGGGGUGAAAAAUAAAUAUUAAAAUAAAACACCUUUUUUCUUUAAUUUAAAAUGGCAGUGUAAUUAAUGGCAAGGUUCUAAAUGGUUUUUAUAGCAGUAUGAGAUUUUAAAUAAUACAAAUUCAUCAUAGAAUUCAUUAAUUAAAAUUAAUAAAUUUAAAGUAAACAUAUAAAAAUAGACUAGAAUAAAUUUAAGUUUUUUGGUGCAAAAAUAUAAAUAGAUUACUAUAGGUGAAAUGAGAUAAAAAAAUAUAAUAAUAAAUAAAUAAUAAAUAAUAAUAAUUAACUAAGAUACCAAACUCAAAUGAUUUUAGAAACUUUUGAAUGGAAAUAAAAUAUAAUUCAGUUAUUCACAAGCCAAUUUGCUGUCAAAACUACUAAGAGUAAUAGCAAAUGCUUGCAUUGCACACAAUGGAUAUCUGUAAUCCAUUGUGAAGAGAUCAUCUGAAAUACGACCAAAUUGCAGGACAAUAUAAUCAAC